GUGGCUAAAGCUGUAAUCCUAACAGCACCCACAAAGAGCUCUUUGCCAUGUCAGACUACCUUUGGUUUGAAGGGAUACCUCUUCCUUCUGUAGAGUAUAAAAAAGAAAUAAUUGAAGAAUCUCGUGAUAAGUUUGUGAUCAGAGAUGAAGACACAGUCAUACUGACUUACCCUAAAUCAGGAACUAACUGGCUGAUUGAGAUUGUCUGCCUGAUUCAGACCAAGGGGGAUCCCACUUGGAUCCAAUCUGUGCCUAUCUGGGACCGCUCACCCUGGAUAGAGUCACAAGGUGGAUAUCCACUAUUAAUCAAUAAGGAAGGACCACGCCUCAUCAGCUCCCACCUUCCCUUCCAUCUUUUCCCCAAGUCUUUCUUCAAUUCCAAGGCCAAGGUGAUCUAUUUAAUCAGAAAUCCCAGAGAUGUUCUUGUGUCUGGUUAUUUUUUCUGGAGUAAGAUGAAAUCUGUUAAGAAUCCGGAGUCACUGAGAACUUAUUUUGAAUGGUUCCUCAAAGGAAAUGGCAUGGCUGGGGACUGGAAGAAGCACUUUACAGUAGCCCAAGCUGAAGCCUUUGAUAAAGUAUUCCAGGAGAAAAUGGCCGGUUUCCCUCCAGGGCUGUUUCCAUGGGAAUAAAUUCUUAAAACUUAAAAAAAU